CUUCUUCUCUGGUAUGUUUUCUGUCUCUUCCGCCUGGCUUCCCUCGUGAGCUGUUAAUUCCUGCCCCGGUCCUGAGGAUGAGGAGGUUCUAUUUGUGAGGAAGAGGCGCAACAAAGGAAGAGGAAUCAAGGAGCAACAGGGUGGUGAAUUCAGCGAGUAGGAGUGAGCGAGAAGACCUUUUCUUUUUUCUCCAGGCUCGAGCAAAGGAGUCCUGACGCCCAGCAGCAGUCAUGUGAGAGGAUCUGUCAACAAGCAGAGGAUGCCCACGCCCAGCUAAAGCAGAACCACCCCCUUCCCUCCAUCCCUCCAUCCCUCUCCAUACCUCUCGCUCCCUUCUUCCCACAUGAGGUCGAGAAGAUGACUAUCACCAGCCGGCAGUCCUUCAAUGUCCUGACGGUCAUCUUCCUCUUGCUCUCCACUGCAGCCCUCUCCGCUCAUUACCGAGUGUGUGAACCCUACUCGGACCGCAGAGGGGGAAACCACUUCGGCUUCCACUGCCCUCGCCUCACAGACAACAAGACCUACAUGUUCUGCUGCCACCACAACAACACCGCCUUCAAAUACUGCUGCAACGAAAUAGAGUUCCAGAUGGUGAUGCAGAUCAACCUCACCACCACCUCAGAUGGUUAUGCGCACAAUAAUUAUACGGCCCUGGUCGGCGUGUGGAUCUACGGCUUCUUCGUCAUGGUGCUGCUGGCCCUGGACUUUCUCUACUACUCGGCCAUCAACUACGAGCUGUGCCGGGUCUACCUGGAGAGAUGGGGUCUGGGAGGACGCUGGCUGAAGAAGGCUCGCAGUCAGUGGCAGAGGUCCAUGCCGGAGGAGAACGAAGCCCAGGCUCCGGCCCAGCCGAUGUUAACGAGCCACUACCAGCCCAGACACAGCAUCAGAGGAGAGAGCCACAGCCCCACACUCCUGCCCUACAACACAUCCACCGCAUGAAUGAUUCUGCAAGCGGACCAACCGAAGAGUAGCAACACCUUGUUUCCUUACGUGGUACAGAGGAGAGGCCCCACAGAUGCCCCUUUUCUGGACCACAGACACAAACGCCAGUGGUGGGCUCGCCAUACUGCCGUCGUUAGAAGAGACUACUGCCAUUUCCUAAUGAGCACAAAACGCCCAUGGACCGACAGAAGCAGGCCGACGCGGCAUCUAGAGACCCCGCUGAACAAAGGCUGCCGGCAGGGACGGAGGACUGUACUGCCGCAGCAGAGGAGCGACACACUCGGCGGCUCGCGGGUGUUCAGUGAUCCUCCGGAAAGAUGUCCGCGGCCCCGGAGUAUCCGAAAAGGAUCGGAGCGGAAACUGGAUGAACUGGACUCACGAGCCCGGAGGCUCAUCUUUAUAGAUAUAAACAUGUGUAUUACACUGCUGUGUCAGUUCGUGUUCAGUAGCAGUUAGACACAGUUGUGGGUUAUCUAUUCGGUGAUUUAUUUAUGUGAAUUAGUCAGAGAAAUAUAUUGAGUGGUUAACAUUCGGGAACAUGUAACAGCUUAGGUUGAUGCUGAGCAUCUCACUUAGAGUAGAAUGUUUUUGUUACUUACCAGACACCAAAUGUCUCUGCAGCCAUGUUGGGAAAAUAAUAUAUUGUAUAAAAUGUUUUAGAUCUCGUCUCUGCAUAACAAGUGGUUCCUCUACGUUGUAUUGUGUCUGACGAGGACACAACGCCAUGCAGAUAAACGGCUGUAGAUCAAAAGGCUUUACAUUCGGCCAUCAAGAGUUUUCUUGCGGUUUGGUGACGCUGAGGAAAGGGAUCUUGACUUUCAGGUCAUUCACCCAAAACAUGAAUGCCAUGUUCGCACAACUGUUGACGAAGCUACAGGCGUGGUCAGACACGUCAGCGUGUAAGUGUUGCUGAAGCUCUCGAUAGCGUAGUCACGUCGUUAUUGGAAAAAAAUGUAAAUGAACCGUGAGCCUGUUGCUUUGUCGCUCGGAGUGUGAACACGUCAUAGUGAGGAUCAGGGACGCCUCACAACAGCAAGGAGCUUCAUGUCAAGUUAAACACAACCUUAAUCCUUGGCGUCGAGCCCGGGAGUCCAUUUGAGAGCAUUACUUAUAAAGUUAGUGCGAGACAGUUGCCUCUGUAACCUCAUACAAUGACUGGUUUGCCCUUCCUCAUUACCGGAACUGCCUGAAAAUCAGAUCCAUUAGCAAUAUGAUGCAAAUGAAUAUCCAUUUGGUUCCUUUAUAAGUACUGCUCUUUACCCCACAAUGGAAAUGGACAAUUGAAAGUGAUUAGCCGGAAUAGAAAAUGUAAAAAACUAAAAAGAACACAUUAAAACCCCUUUCACUGUCAGCAAUAAUGUACAGUAGCUAAAUCAGAGGGAUGGUGUGGUAUGUAAAAGUCAGUCAACUCUUAGUUUAGCUUACAUUUAAACGGUGAAGUUACUAAAAUGGACCUAUAGCAUUUCUGGAUAGUGAACUCGUAUUGAAAAAGGUCUCCAUCAAUUUAUGUCAGAGUUGGAGGAGAAAAGUGAAAUAAUUCAAGACAAACUUUUCCAGUCGAGCUGCAAAUAAUGAUGACUUUCAUUAUCAAUUAAUUAGACAAUUAUUUUUGAAUUAUUUGCUCCAGGUGUUCAGAAUAUGGUAAAAAGUACAUUAAUUUCAGAAAUUCCUGAAGAAAUCGCUUGUUUUAUUCAACCAGUGGGCCAAAACCCAGGAUAUUCAGCUAUACUAUCAUAUCUGAUCAUAUAUCCUAAUCUUUAUGGAGGAAAUCAGUUUCGACUUGGAAAUAAAUAAUCAAACAAGUAUUUGUUUGUAAUCACCUAUGGGUGCAAUUGAAGAUUAAUGUAGUUAUUGUUUAAUCAGCCAAUCAACCUUCAAUGAAUUAAUAAUGUGUACGGUCUGAAAGGGAUUACACUGUUACAGUAAAAAAAGAAAAGCAGCAACUCCUAAUAUUUAAGAAGCUCAAACUAAGGAACUAUUUUUGCAUUUUUGCUUGAAAAAUGACGAAAAACAAUAAAUGAAUCAACCAAAAAUGUAGUUGCACUAAUAUAUAAACUGACUAAUCGUUUCAUAUCUACGAUCGCCGUAAGUUAGUGACCUCAUGCCCAAAUCUGAAUGAACUUCUGAAAUUGAUUUUCUGUAAUCCACAAAAUACUGCAACAGGAGAAGCCAGACUGUAUAUGAGCGAUAGCGUGUGAGGACCAGGUGGGCGGACCAGAAAUGAGGUGUCAGUCCCAAUCAUGCACCUUGCAAACUGGUGCUGUGGCAGCUGCUCAGCCUGCGCCGGUGCAGAGGCUCCGGUCCGUGCAACCGCUGAAAUCUAACAAGAGGUACCCCUAAUUGCUCAGUCGGCUCUUGGCCUUCCACGAGACCCGGGGUCUUGCCUUCAUAUCUGUCCUCUCUCUGUUUCGUGAAGUUUAAGUGGAUCCUCUGAACAACGCCCUGGGCCAUGCGCGGCUGGGCUUCUCUCCUCAGCUAUCGGCAAUAAUAUUCACAUUUGCUGAGUUGUUAGAGCAGGUUCGAUCACAUUGCAAUGGCUAAAGUGUAAUUGUGUGUGGGCUCGUGCUUUCAGGGGCAGAGAAAUAGGAUAUCUCCAAGUGAAAUAGUAAGGCCCGUGGAUCUACAGUUGUUCAAGAGUAUCCUCUCCUGCCCUCUUUCCUUAGCUGCUCAGCUAUUCCCAGGAGCACCACACAGGGGGGAGUUAUUUAACCGACACUGCAGCACAAAGGGGAUUUAAUUACUCCUCCCUAAUGCUGAAUGAGUGGGAACAUCUGAUGUGUUUAAGGUCAUGUCAUUUUUCAGGGGUUUUGAUGUGUGUUCUGACCUGUAAUAAAGCAAAAGAGGUCUGUUCCCAUUAACAAUAAAGUAAAGAAAAACUUGCCUCUCACAUCCAAAUUCGAUUCCCCCCCCCCCCCCCUCUCCCGUUUCUUAAAAUGUUCCAAGUUGGUUUUGUGAUGUUUUGUUUGACUCUGAUCUGAUGUGUGACGUGGUACUGUAAAUCGUAUCAGCUCAACCUUCGACCCAAAUAAAUAACAAUACUUUUUUUUUUUUACAUUAAAAGGGACGUGAGGAAGAGGGCACAUGUCUGUUUCAGUCUGUCAGGUUGUCAUGGUAACAGUUGCCUUACAGUUGAAUACCCACCUGUACACAGAAGCUUUGUAGUGGUUGACACCUCACGUUUUGGGUGUGGUGGUGGUGGUGAUGAUGAUGAUGGUGACGAUGAUGAUGAUGAUGUGCACCACGUUCUGUCUAUGUAUUUACUACUAGAUAGAAUGAUCAGUACCGUUUUCAGUUGGAUUGUUAUUGCACUUGUUGACUUUGUAUUGUCACGACAGGGAGAAAUAAAGUUUUAUCUUUU